AUCAAUUUUGAAUAUAUAAAAAUGGCUAAAACUGAGGAGGCUGCUUGGAAGUUUGCAAAGGAGAACAGGCUUGAUUUGGUUACAAUAAAUCCAGCAAUUGUGAUUGGUCCUAUUCUACAGCCAACCCUUAAUUCCACUGUGGAACUCAUCUUGAACAUCGUCACUGGACGAGAACUCCCAUCAUAUGGUGUAUUUGUAGAUGUUCGAGAUGUUGCCCAUGCUCAUAUUCAAGCAUUUGAGAUUCCUUCAGCUACUGGCAGAUAUUGCAUGGUUGAAAGCACCAUAGAUGUUACUGACUUGUGGAACAUCUUGCAUCGACUUUUCCCUAUGUUCCACCUCAAUGAAAAAUUUGAGGAUAAGCCUAUUCAAAAAGUGUUGCAAAUAUCCAAAGAGAAAAUUAAGAGCUUAGGCGUCAACUUCAUUCCUUUGGAGGUGAGUCUUAGGGACACUGUUGAAUGCUUGAAGGAGAAGGGUUUCAUUAGCUUUUGAAUCUCAGUUAUUGACUUUACCCUUUUCCCCCCUUCAUCCAGUUUUUAUUAGUUUUUCUUAGUUUUUCAAUAAAAAUCAUGUGGCUGUACCAAGAAAAUGGAUAUUAUUCUCAAACAAACCAAAGAGAGAUUCCCUUGCUAUUUCUAAAACAUCUGUUUCUAUAAGAAAUAUGCUUGUUCAUG